GGCGUAUAAAAAUAAAAUAGAAAUAGUGUGUUGAGUUAAUUAGGUGGCGUGGGAAGGUAAACAAUUCCUGUCAAAACCAAACAGACCCUACGACAAACAAACAACAUUAAACACGAGACAUGCAAAAACAAACCAAUUCCUAACUUUGCUGGGUCUUGUUUUCUCAACUUAUUCAAACCCGUUUCCAAAUCUAUAUACACGGAGAUAAAAAUUCAUUUUCAAUCCUUUUUACCAAAAUGUGUUAGAAACCUGAAAUCUCUGCCAAAAAGGGUAAAAGGGUCACAUCAUAAUGGGAGGAGGUAGGGACCCACAUGGUGGUAACGUCGAGGUUAACAUUCAUUCCCACCGUGACGAUUCCGCCGUCCAUAAUGGUCAUGGACGUGGGUCUCAACCGUCAAAUCCUCCUGCCAUUCAUGAUCGUGAUUUUAGGCUGUUUGAUCGAUGGUUCCCAUGGUUGGUUCCAACCUUUGUGUUUGCUAACAUUGUUCUGUUUAUUGUUACCAUGUAUGUUAAUGAUUGUCCUAAGAAUUCCUUUAAUGGUUCAUGUGUUGGUUCUUUCCUUGGAAGAUUCUCCUUUCAGCCCCUCAAAGAAAAUCCCCUCUUUGGUCCUUCUGCCACUACAUUAGCGAAGAUGGGUGCUCUAGUAGUAGAUAAAGUGGUUGUUGAACACCAAGUUUGGCGCCUUCUCUCUUGUAUAUGGUUGCAUGGUGGAGCUAUCCAUGUACUUGCUAACAUGUUAAGUCUUGUUUUUAUUGGAGUUCGGCUUGAACAAGAAUUUGGAUUUGUUAGAAUUGGGAUUCUGUAUGUGGUGUCUGGUUUUGGAGGGACUUUGCUGUCUGCUCUAUUCAUACAAUCAGGUAUCUCAGUUGGCGCUUCUGGUGCAUUGUUCGGCUUACUUGGAGGAAUGCUCUCCGAGAUUUUGAUAAAUUGGACAAUAUAUGCCAAUAAGCUGGCUGCAUUGUUGACUCUAAUAGUCAUUGUCCUAAUCAAUUUAGCUGUUGGAAUUCUUCCACAUGUGGACAAUUACGCUCAUCUUGGAGGAUUCGGUUCCGGGUUUCUUCUUGGAUUUAUCCUUCUUAUUCGCCCACAGUUUAAAUGGAUUAGCCAGAAAAGAUCUCCCGCCGGAUUUGGACCUUCUGUAAAACAUAAACACAAAUCUUAUCAAUAUGCACUUUGGGUUUUGUCUUUCGUAAUACUUGCUGCAGCAUUGAUCGGGGGGUGUGUUUUGCUCUUUCAAGGUGUUAACUUGAACGAACGUUGCUCGUGGUGUCAUUUUUUAAGUUGUGUUCCAACCUCAAAAUGGAGUUGUCAAGAACCUAAGCUUUAUUGUGAGACGAUGGAAAUCGGAAAUCAAGUUAACAUCACAUGCAUGAGCAAUGGGAGAAGUGACAUUUAUCCUCUGUCAAGUACUAGCUCUUCUGAAAUGCAACAACUUUGUUCGCAACUUUGCCGGGGAUAGAUAGACCGAUACACAUGUAACAUUUCUUGAAGGGACGACAUUGAACAACUUGUGUAUAUGAUUCAUACUUGGUAGUGCAGAUAAAUUCUUUCUUUUUAUGAUUGUUAUGCCAGACAUCAUGAGUAUAUAUUGUUUUCAAUGAUUUUUUCUAUAUCCUUAGAGCAUGAAAUGAUGUCAACUAUUAUUAUUCUUGUGUAAAA